CCCACGCUUAUCGCUUCUGUUCUGCUCUGCACUUCUUACCAUUCAACUACAGCGGUCGCGUCGCGUCGCUUCAACCCCUUGUUAACUCUUCUCCCAGCAGAACCUCCGACACCUCCUCGCAUACCAUGGCUGACGAAGACACCAAACCGUCCACUGACGACCUCGAUCGCCAGGCCGAAGAUGAAGACCUCGGCGACGAAGAGGAAAUUGCCGCGAUGAAAAAACGCGUCGAGGAAAUGGAGGCUGAAGCUGCCAAACUGCGCGAGAUGCAGGCUUCCAUCGACAACCAGUCCGACAGCUUGCGCGAAAGCAAAGAGGACAUUGAUAACAGGAGUAUCUUCGUGGGGAACGUGGAUUACGGCGCCAGUCCAGAGGAGAUCCAGGCUCACUUCCAAAGCGUCGGAAGCAUCAACCGCGUGACAAUCCUGUUGGACAAGUUCACUGGUCAUCCCAAGGGCUACGCCUAUGUGGAGUUCAGUGAGCCGCAGUUUGUGACCAGCGCCUUGGUGUUGAACGAGAGUGUCUUCCGAAAUCGCAACAUCAAAGUCGUGCCAAAGCGCACCAAUCUCCCAGGAAUGACUAGAGGCCCAGGUGGUGGACGCGGCGGAAGAGGUCGCGGAGGCCCACGCGGUGGAUUUGGAGGGGGCUAUGGGCCUCCCAUGGGUGGUGGCUAUGGUGGUCCUCCACCAUUCCGGGGACGUGGCGGCUACCGUGGCGGUGGUCGAGGUGGCUUCCGCGGACGCGGAUACAACCCUUACUGAGCGCCUAUACCAGCUACCUUUUCUACUUGAGAUCGGAACAUGAGUACGAGAAAGAGCUGCGUCUGCACUCUCGUCUACCGGUGUGCCUGGAGUAAGAUGACAGUUAAAAAGGCCCAGAAAAGAGGAGAGUGGAGAGUAUGGUGUUAGGCUCGCGAUUUUCUGUUGCUUCGCGACAAGCAAAGCAGUACUAGACGACGAAUGGGGCAUCCGAGAAAGAAGCCACAAAACAUCUUCAAUGUUGGAGUAAGAGCCACAGUCUGCCUUUUUCCAGACAUUUCACUCAGGUUCAAGAGCUAGUUAAGGUUCAAGAGCACGUGCUUAUGCGGUGAAGAGUCAGAAGGUGACAUACCUUGAAGUCUCGAAAGUGAUACUGGUAAAGAGGUGGUGACAAUGAACCGUAACGCGAAAGUCAUUAUGCGCUCGCCGCUGUGCGUGAACCAGUUACGCUUCAACCUGAGCGACGAAUGCGAUGCGAUGCGAUGCAAAUGUCUUCGGGCAAAUGGUGGUGGCAAGUACUCCUCGUUGCACACUGGUCGUAUGCUCGCUACAAAUGCCAUCGUCUACUGACUGAGAUUGCAGGGAUCGAUGUUGCCAUGACCUGCACUCUACUUGCACAGGAUCUCUUCGCAGCUAACAGUCCGACGAAGAUCUGCAGUCUACCAUCUGCAUUGCCGAAAUCGAUGUAUACCCAUGCUUAGUCGGGAAGCUAUAGCCAGCCUUCGCUGCGAAGUCCUUGGGUAGUUUCACGACUUCAGGACCUGGCCAGCACACUUACCUCUUUUGCUUCGCAUACAAUAUAAGUCGAGUCACUCGAGUCACUCGAGCUGGCCAGUUGGUCCAGACUAUGUAAAUAGUUACCAGAUGGACCACCAACGCCAGCACACCAAGCUACCCGCGAGGGAAACUUCUGUUUCCGUGCCAUGACCACGCAUCUACAACUGAUAGAAUGGUCGUGCAACGGAAGGACUUCGGCUGACAUGCAUAGACGCAGCCUUACAGCCAGGGUCUUGACUUGGGGACAUACCCAGGCCCAUAUGGCAAGAGUACAUGUACCUAGCCGUUCAAUGAAAUGCUGCUAGCGCACGUGAAUGCCAAAGGUGCUCACGGACCUGAAGUUACGAAUCAGAUGGUCGUUUGCAUUCACGCGAAAAGUCUGCCUAAGUCUCUGGUUUCGUAUGGGGGAUUUUCAGCCUCUUGCCGAGUGAGUCCACACAAAGAUACACAGCACCCAUAUAGUCUUCAGAAUUUCAGCGACUUUAACAGUCUUUCAC